AUGACGAAAACGAAAGCGCGUAUGAGUACAGGCGGACGAACUUCAUUGCAAAAGCCAACUACUCGUUCUACUCGUUCUUCUACUAUUAAAAAUCAGACCGCUGUGGAGUCCUCUGUUUCUCAAUCAAAUCUAACCGAGAUUGCUCGACCUAAACGCGGGCGAAAGCCAAAAAAUACAAUAAUUAAAGCCACAGCUAACUUAUCUGAAACUGAAAUUGCUAAUGAAAUUGAUAAUGAAACUGCUAAUGAAAUAGUUAAUGAAACGGUUAAUGAAACAGUUAAUGAAACAACUGUCCCGAAACGCGGUCGUAAACGAAAGGCUGUCAUAGAAGAUAAUAUCACUACGGAUAGCGAUCAAAAAACGAAUGAAGAAAAACCUUCUAAACGUGGCCGUAGGAAUAAAGAGUUAACAGCAGAGACAGUAUCUGUUCAAGUUCCCGCUAUCAUUGAUAAAGAGGCGGUUCCCGAUCUCUGUGAUAAAAAUAGAAAGACUGAUACUGAAAAAAAUGAUGAUGAUGUUGCGGAAUCAGAAGCCGAUCAUAAACCAAAUAAAAAAUCAAAGAAUGUGUCAAAACCCAAAAAACCUCCUGUAGAGAAACGGCUAGCUCAUUUCAGACACGUCUGUCCUGCUUCUAUUCAUGAUCGUAUUUAUCGCGCUGAAUCACAACGUAUGUACAUGGUUAGUCGAUCUACAAUUAACGAAUUGAAACAAGAAUUUGCUAUCUUGGGAUCAACUGGAAACAUUUUCGUUUACCUUAAAGUUUUACGUCUAAAGCGAGAAAGCCCCUAUAUAUAUCAAAAGGCGCUUUUAUCUGAAGAAUUACUUUCAAUCUUUGCGAAUGCUGCGCCAGAUCCGACUGUUUUGGCUAGUCAGAGAGUUCGUGAACAUUAUAAAGCGCUCACUACAGGAGAAAGUUCUCAAUCAGCUGUUGAUAGUAGCACGGAUGAAAAACGCCGUCCAAUCGAAGGAGAUUGCCCUAUCUGUUAUGAACCUUUGGAAGAAAAGGAUCGCGAUAAUAUCGUGUGGUGCCAAGAAGGUUGUGGAAACAACCUUCACAAGGAUUGUUUCGAACAAUGGAAGAAAUCAAAACGUGGAGGAAGCGGAAAAGUUACUUGCGUUUACUGUCGUGGAGAAUGGGUAGAAGAAUCUACCACAACCGAUGACGGUUUAGUAAACGAAGAAGGUUAUGUUAACUUUGGAGGUAUCCAAGGAAUGAGCAAUAAACGGGGUAGACACCUCAACCUACUACCAAUCCAAUCGUUUCUCGCGGCGCUCUUGGUAUUAAUGAGCCAAUUUAUGAGUUUUCCAAGUAAUACAAGUAAAAGUACUUUUACUUAA